AAUGUCUGUCACACACCGCCUCCCUACGCUUCAAAAUGUUCAAAAAGUGUUGAAAAAUUUUGAUGCUCAAAAGGGUCUUAUUUAUUUGAAUGGCCAAGUACUUGUUGAAAGAGAUGAUACAGAUGUUGAAUUGCCUUUUCGUCAAGAAUCCAACUUCUUUUAUGUCACUGGUGUUGCUGAGCCCGAUUUCCAUGUUACUAUUGACAUUGAAACAAAACAUGUCCGUUUAUUUGCUCCCAAUGUCAAUCCUGAACUUGUAAUGUGGAUGGGCAUGCCCGAUUCACUUGAAGAACUCAAGGCAAAAUACGAUGUUGAUGAAGUUGUUUAUGUUGAUCAAUUAGCUCAACAUUUACUUUCUGCUUCUAUUGUUUAUACAUUACCUAUUACAAAGACAGAUAAACUUGAUUCUGAAAUUAAGCUUUGUAGUUCUGAAGAAAGUAAAAAAUUACAUACUGCUUUUGCUGAAGCUCGUGCUAUCAAAUCUGAUUGGGAGAUUGAGAUUAUUCGUAAAGCUAAUGAAAUCUCUUCUAAUGCUCACGUGAAAUUGAUGAAAGCAUCUCAAGAAGGCGCUAGUGAAACUCAAUUACAUGCUUUGUUCUUGUAUGAAUGUCAUCGUUAUGGUGCUCUUUUCCAAGCCUAUUAUCCUAUUGUGGGUGUCGGUAAAAAUGCUGCUACACUUCAUUAUAACAAAAAUAAUGCUCCAUUCAAGCAAGCAUCUGAUAUUGUUCUUGUUGAUGCUGGUUGUGAAGUAAGCUGCUAUGCUUCUGAUAUUACUCGAUGUUUCCCUGUAGGUGGUAAAUUUACUCCUGAAGCUCGUACUAUUUAUACUAUUGUCCUUGACAUGCAAAAGGCUUGUCUCAAUGCUUGUAAAGCAGGUGUUGCUUGGGAAGAAAUUCAUAACAUUGCUACUAAAGUUGCUUGUGAUGGACUUUUGGAGUGCGGUAUUCUUGUUGGUGAUAAAGAAGAAAUCUUGGCUAAUCAUGUAGUUGCCGCCUUUUUCCCUCAUGGCAUUGGUCAUAUGCUUGGUCUUGACGUUCAUGAUCUUGGUGGCUAUCCAGAAGGUACUGAACGUAUUGAUGCUCCUGGUAUUCGUAAUUUGCGUAUGCGUCGUAACCUUCAAUCUGGCUUUGUUGUCACUGUCGAACCUGGUGUUUAUUUCUGUGAUUUCUUGAUUGAUCCUGUCUUGAAUGAUCCUAAAACAGGUAAAUACAUCAAUAAGGAUGUAUUAAACAAAUACAAACCUGUUGGUGGUGUUCGUAUUGAAGACAAUAUUGUCAUCACUCAAGAUGGUUAUCACAAUUUGACAACUGUUCCAAAGGAGAUUGAAGAAAUUGAAGCCUUGAUGGCUACUAAAUAGAUAGAUUUUUUUUUUAUUAGUUCAUAAAAUAGAAUAGAAUUUUUUCUUUUUUUUUUUAAAAAAA